CACAGAAGUAAAUGUACUUUGUUAUAUUCCACCUCUGACCACCGAAAGAGCGGAGAACUUUCCCCACUUCAACCGUUUCACUUCCCUUUUUUUAUUCUGAGUCGCUGCUGUCGCCGUGAGGAAGGACGGAUCUUCACCUCCGCUCUUCACCUCCGCUCUUCACCUCUGCCCUUCAUCUCCUCACCUCUUCAUCAUCUUCACCACAGGACCAGUGGACUGUCUGAUAAUGGCCCCCCAGUGGCUGAGCCUCGGUACUGCAGGGAUGCUGCUCCUGCUUCACGUGGCCCCGUCCUUCGCACAGGGGUCGUGCAGCGCAGGAGUCCCGGGGACUCACGGGAUCCCGGGAACCCACGGGCCCAACGGCAGAGACGGUCCCAAAGGAGCGAAGGGAGAUCCAGGUGAGUCCGGGAAGGCUCUCAGGGGCCAGAAGGGGGCACCAGGUCUUUCUGGCCCCCCGGGCCGGCCUGGGAUGAAGGGGGAUCUGGGCAUGCCGGGGCCCCCUGGGUUUCCAGGGGGGCCAGGAAGGAGAGGGAAACCCUUCAUCAGCAUCAACCAAGAGAAACCUCUGUUCUCCAGAAAACGUGUGCUGACAGAUCCCUCGGAGAUUGACACGCCCAUCAUCUUCAACAGUGAGAUUUCUUCAGACGUGGAUGAACGGCUUCAGGGAGGUUCUCUGCCAAACGGGAGUUUCACGUGUGUCAUCAGAGGCGUCUACUUCUUCAGUUACCACAUCUCAGCAAGGAGCCGAGUUUGUCUGAACCUGAUGAAGAACACUAAUGUUCAGACGACGCUGUGCGACACGGCUGAGGGUUUCCUGGUCACCUCCGGCUCUGCGGUCCUGGAGCUGGACCCUGGAGACACGGUCUCGGUCCACACAACCAGGUACUCCAACACGCUGACGAGCCAGACCAGCACCAGUCACACCUUCACCGGCUUCCUGGUCUUCCCCACGGCCUGAAGUCUCCUCCACAUCACAGGGAAUGAACGACUCUCUGUGACGUGUGCAGCAGAGAAAUCAACUGUGUGUUGUGUUUGAACUAGUUUCACUCAUUGCUAGGUAGAAUCAUUUAAAUGACUGAUUUAGGUUUGGGUGGAAGGAUUAGACAACCGAUGACUGGUGGUAUUUUCUUACAGUUUAUAAUAAUUUCUAAUAACAAUUUGCAGUUAUUUAGAUUUAGAAAUGUGCUUUUAUAUUUUUUAUGUUUUGUUAAACCGAUAAAGAUCUUUUCUUCAUUAGAUUUUCUCUCUUUGUUCUAUUUAGUGUAUAUUUGAGCUUGAUGCAAACUUUAAAUUGCUAACAUUUACAUUUAUUACAUUAAAAAGAGGUUUUUAUAUCAAAAUAUAGAUUUUCAAUCACAGCUAAAGUAAAACACUUCUCUUUAAUCUAAGUAUCUGUUCAAACUCAAACAUGAAAUAAAUCUUAAAGAUGAACUUA